CCAAAAAGCAAAAGAGAAAAAAAAAAAAAAAAACCAUGUGCUAUAAAUACUGAUGAUGCGAAUGCGAUUGGGUGUCUCUCUCAGAACAAAACCGUACAAGUAACCUCGGAAAAUCAUGCACCUUGUUCAUGUUCUUGUUCUUGUUCUUCAAUCUUCUUAAUUUGUCCAAACACAACAACACCUUUCUCUCUCUACACCAACCCCACUUUCUCUCUCUAUAUCUACUGAGAGAAUUCUGAAAAAUUCAGUGACCCUUUUGUGAAAGAUCGGUUGUUUUGUGUCUCUGCUCUGUUUUCCAGUGAAAUCUUCCAAUUUCCUCAUCUGGGUCGGUCUGUUUUUGUUCUGGGCAUGGCUAAUUUCAGACAACAAGGUCAUAGUCGUAAUCAAGUGGGUGGUUAUCAUCACUGGCGAUCAUCAUCAUCUUAUAGCAGAAAGCCACCUCUGCCUCAGAGUAAUUUGCACUCAACAGUACCUUCAUGGGAAAAGAAGUUUUGUUAUUCAGCUGGUAUUCCCUGGCGAAAACUGAUAGAAUGCAAGAAGUAUAUGGAUUUACAUUCAAAUGUGUUACACUGGGAUGACUCUGCUGGUAAAGAGGCAUUCGACAAUGCCAAAAAGAGGUUUUGGGCCAAGAUCAACGGCUUACCCUGCGGAAUAUCCUUACCUGAUCCCGACAUUUACAUUGACGAUGUAGAUUGGAAUUCAAGUGUUGACCCUGAACUUAUUUUGGACUUGGAAAGAGAAAGGAUUUUCUCCGAUGAUGAAAAAAGAGGUGGUGCCGAGGUUGUGAUUAUUGGUGGUAAUCUCCUCUAUAAUAAUCAGGUACUUACCCCUACUGGUUGGGGGGAUGAUGACGCAGAAGCACCAAAGCCUGUGAUUCUUGGUGGUUCUCUCCUCUUGAAUAACCAGACACUUACCCCUACUGGAUGGGGGGAUGAUGAAGCAGAAGCACCAAAGCCUUCUGAUCCAAAUUCUUUUGCUCAAGGUUGGGACUCCAAUCUACAUGUAAAUGGAGUGAACUCCUGGGAACAGGGCUAUGCGCAAAAUAGUCAGAAUGAUUCUCAGGGAUGGAAUCAGAGGGAGCAGCACUAUGGUGGCGAAUUGCAGAACAAGGCCAAAGGAAGAACUGCUGGGAAUGGGAACUGGAAUGGGAAUUGGGGAACAACAUGGGAUGGUGGGUAUAACAGGAAGAGAGAAAACAUGUCAUGGUCUCAUAGUAAUACCUCUGCUGCUUAUCAUUAUGGUAAUGAGUAUCAGAAUCAGAUGAAUAGAGGAAGAAGGAACUACAGAGGAGGAGGAGAAGGAGGAGGAAGGAGGGGACAUUAUGGUUAUGACCGUCCUUAUGUAGAAAAAGUACCAACUUCUAAGGCAUGGUGAAUCAAGGUAAGGAUCAAAGACUCCAAUGGAACUGCUAAGGGGUCAAAUUUUGUGGUGGCGGCUGAAGAUAUAAGUUUUGUUGUCUAGGUAUCAUGUAUAAUACCAUAGUUACUAUAAUUUUGUAAGAAGAUGGAACAGCAUUUUCCAACUUUAAUACAUUUCUAAGAAAGCUUAUGGUCUUUUUUUAGUUGUAGUUAAUAAAGAGUUGAUGAAUUGUCUCUACCUUAUGAGAGGUUUAUGAGAAUGGAUAAUUAUAUUUUUAAACAUAGCUAAAUUGUUCAUUUUUAUC